AAAAGAAGAACCUAAAGCAUGAGCAGAAUCUACAUAAUUGCACUAAGUAUUCAAAUAAUUGACAUGAAUACAUGAGAUCGAGGAUGCCCACUGAUCAAACAACAGUGGCUUUGCAUAUAAAUAGGCUAUUCCUCUCUUCACUUCAUGUCUUACUACUUAAUUGUGUACUUGUGUGUACCUCCUUCAAACCUCAGCUUCACCUUUCCCCAUAUUCUAACUCCCAACCUAAUUCCUUCAUGGCCUCCCUUCAGGUUGAUGCUGCUCAUGAGCAUGAUCUUGAUGACGAGCAUGAUCAUGAGGAAGUGGUGACCAAAGAGGCAGAAGAAAUAACGCAGAAGAAAUCUCCAAGUGUUGAAGAAACACCAGAUAGUGAAUUGGGCAUUGUGGAACCGGACACAGAGCUUGAAGAACCGGCCGAUCAUGAAGACAAAGAAGAGAAACCAGACGAUGAUGAAGACGAACCGAUCGUUGAUCAUGAUGAUGAAGGUGCACCAGUUACUGGGGUGACUGAGUUCGAUGAGGAUGAAGAGGAAUAAUAAUAAGGCUAAACGUAGAAGCUAGUAGUGUUAAUUUGCAUGAAUGAUGUUUCUUCUAAUUAGCAAGCUUGGGAAGUAAUUCUAUGUGUUUUGAAGUGAUUGCUUAUUUUGCGCGCUAUAAGCCAGGCUACUGUGCUGAAUAGCUAGCUAGCUUUUAAAUAUGAUGAUGAAGGUAUGUAUGUGCUGCUUAUUGCUAUGGUUUUUCUAAUAUAAUUUAUCAACUAAUCCAUGCUCUCCCAGCUUUUUUUGUUGUUUGAGUAAAAAAAAGUUGUAUUAAUUGAUUCAUUCUUAAAUUUGUACUACAAUUGGCACUUCACCAUCUUCCAUGGCUUACCUACCUUCUUAUAAUACUCUUUCCUCCUCACAAACCUGUCCAAAUCAUCUAUUAUCAUCUUCUUCAUUUCUGGCUCCAUUGCCAACUUCUCAAACGUCGCCGGAUGGUCCAGAAUGAUCAAUCACAAACUCCCCCAUCACCACCUUCGUCAGGUAUACCACAAUUUUUGGUCUAAAACUUUAUUACCUUGUCAGUGUCCUUGAUUUCUUUGGCUUUCUUCAAAACGAAAGGCAAGUAUUUCUCGAGUACUUCGUCUUUGAAUUUGUUGUGGAAGCAGAGAUCCAAGAAUCGCUUUUCAACGUGUCCGGACUCGAUCGAGACCAUUCUCCAUCUGAGAUUGAUGUCUCCGAACUAGUCGAUCAAUUCUUCGUCCUCUUCGAUUGCAACGCUGAGAUUCUUCUGUUUGGGUGACUGGGUGACUUUGAAUCGUUUGGUGGAGGGGCUGAUCAUGGUGGGGAGGUAGAUCUCGGCGGCGUUGUAGAUUUCAUUGCUGGGGAAUCCGCAUUCAUUGUCGAUGACUAUGGUGAGUACGUUCAUUGGAGCGUGGUGUGAAGAGGUAACGGAUGCCUGAUUCGAGGUAGGACCAAACAGGGUCGGGGAUUUCUUUGGCCAUGGUACAAAUCAGCAUCAUCGCACCAGCCAGCGAAGCGCAGGCCGAUUACAGGUUCGACAUCGUCGACGGCAUUUCUGACCGACAAAACGUAGUUGGAAAUCGGUGAGUUUGCCUGUCUUGGAGACUCAAUAUAGAUAGAGUGAAUGAUCCUAUAGAGAGAAACAAGAACGAAAAAGAGGGGUACGUAGUUGCAAAGAAACUAUAUACAUUCAUAGGAACUUUCCUAACUUUGCUGUCUGAAAAACUCUUAAUCGUUGGACUACUAUAGCAAAUUUUUAGACUUUUGAUGGUAGAAAAUUUAUCAAUAUAGAUGAAACGUCUCUGUUUAAUGGUUCUUCUGCUUACGUGAGGAGGUAUUAGGAUGAUUUGAUAAAAUAAAAUAAUAAUAAUAAUAAAAUUGAUGUUGUUGUACACGUUACCAUUCUUAAAGAAACUGUACAAACUUAAACUUCUAUAUAGAUAUUGCAAGUCAAACACAUAUUUCAACAUUUCAUAAUUUGAAUUUUAAUCAUUCUAAUAACCCUUAAACUUUAUUAAUACAAAUAAAUCGUUUCACAGCUUAUGACUUUCUACUUUAAGCCCUCUUGCUUAGGAAUCGCAAAAUGCUCAUUUUUUAGGAUGACAAAAAAACUCAUGCGGCCACUGCUAGUCACACUCGUUAGCGGCAGCUCAAUGGCUUUCUGGUAUUGACACCUAUAGUUACUUUGACGUGAUUAGUUCAGGCUGCAGUCAACUAUAUUUAAGUCUUUUAUUUGUUAUUGCUAUGAAUGUAAUAUUUUAUGUCUAUAGGAAGAAAAAGAAAAAAAAAAAAAAAAAAACGAAGAGAAAUCUUAUUAUUAUUUUUAUUUUGUCAUCUUCAAUAAUUCAGUGUUAAUCUCGGGCAAGUGAAAUUUAUUUACAUUCUAUUUCAAAGAUUGAACUGGUGGGCUUUUGUCGGAAAGGAGCGCAAAAAAAAAACGUAGGUAGAUCAUUUUUGGACAGUGGAGCCCAAUUUAAGCCCAUUUGGCUCGGAAAGUAUAAGCUGACCCACUCUGUAGCCCAACCCAUUCUCCACCAGUUAGAGAAUCUCUGGUAGCAGUGGGCCUAGUGGCACAGAUGAUCCAAACAGCCCCCUAAUUUACUCAUAGUCUUUUACCGAUUUAUUUCAUUUUUCAUAUCAAAGAGUGACAUAAAGGCUCAAUCCUUCUUGGAUUAAAUAACUUGAAAAAAAUGAAAUGUUACAUAAGAGAGGGUACAAACACAAAUGUUAACAUUUCAAAUUAGCCUAAAAAACUGCCUAUUUCACAAAAUUUCAAAUAGCUAUUUGCCUUGCUUUGCAUUAGCUAAUUAAAGCCUUAAACCUGUUCUAAACACCUUCUCCAAAGUAAUUGAUGCACAUCUAAUUUGAUAAUGUUUUUAGAAAUCUUCAUCAAAAGCACUAUUUGCUAGUUUAAACUCUCAAAAUCAUUUGGAAGAAUCACUACAGAAGUAUAUGGAGUCCGGAGCCUCUUCUAUGGCAUUCUCAUUUGUUUAAAUUUCAACACAUAAAACAAAUAUAUUAAAGGGUAAAGUGCAAUAAACCCCCUUCAGCUAUACCCUAAGUGCAACUAACCCCCCUCAACUACAAAAAACCUUCCUCAACUAUGGUCUUGAUGUAGUCUUAGGAUAGAGAGUGUUCUUCAAGUCAUUUCUAGCUACCGAAAAUUUAAAAAGUCUAAUUUACCCAUCCAUAAAACAGUGCCACAUCGCAGUGAGGACAAUUAGAAUACAUGGAGGACACGUGUCAGCAGCCUAUUGGCUGAUGAGUUUAUUAUUAUUUUUCCUUUUCUUUAUCCUCAACUGGGUCACUUCUUAAUACCCUUUCUCUCUCUAACUCGUCCCUGUCCCUAUCCCAACCGCCAAAUUGAAACGCGAUGAACCCCCAAAUUGAAAAGGCGACGACGAAACGGGCAAUUGACAGAACGGCGGGCAAGGCGGUGACGAGCUUGGCUGUGGCGGCUUGAUGGAGACAGGCUGGCUAUGACGGCGAGGUGGAGACGGCCUGGCUGUGACGGUGAGGUGGAGACGGCCUGGCUGUGACGGCGAGGCAGGUGAAGGGCUCGGCUGACUCAGCCAUGAACGACUCGCGGUGGCGAGCUUGGCGGGAUUGAACGACGGCCGAACUCACGGCGAGCAAGGAGGCUUUGGACGGUGGAGAGGAUGAAGACAGCCUCGGCGGUUUCGGCUUUAGAUGAUGUCGGCUGUGUGGAUGGCGGGUGGUGCAGCGGCGGUAAUGGACCGGCGAGGGCUCAGCCUUGAGGAAGAAAUGCGGCGGUGGUUGGGUUUUGCAAAUCAGUUCUUUGCGAUUGGGUUUGCUUGUGAUUGGGGUUGAGAAUCAGUUCUGUUAUUGUUGAAAUCGAAUUUCUCAUCUUCCAGAUGAAAACUUGCCAUGAAUAUGGACGGGCAUGUGCACACGACCUAUAUAUAUAUAUAUAGAGAGAGAGAGAGAGAAAGAGGUUCCAUUAAACAAAAUAUAUAUAUAUAUAUAUAUAUAUAGAUAGAUGUAUACAUAUAUAGGUAGAUAGAGAUCUACUCCACACAUCGAUGAGGAAGGAGGACAAAAUGUUAGGGCUUGUUUCGAUGCUAGUUGGGUCCAAAUGUAUUUAAAGGGUAUUAUGGUCUUUUACAUUCCAUAAGGGCUCUAUGGUCAUUUAGAUAAACGUGGGCUAUCACGUGCCAGCCAUAUGUUAGAAAUUCAUCAACCGGUUGCCGGAUUGGGUGAAGUGCAACCAAAUAACAUAUUUUAAGGGGGUUUUAUGCUAUUUUAGAAAUCUAGGGGGAUUUUUUGCCCAUUAGGAUAUAAUUGAGGGAGAUUUAUUGCACUUUACUCUAUAUUAAAUCACAACUUAAGUAUUUUCAAUACCGUUAAUACGCAUUUCAACUUAAGUAGAGUCAAUUUUUUUAAAGCAUAUUACAACAGCCAAGUAUACAGACAUGAAAAGGAAAAAAAAAAAAAUAAUAAUAAUAAUAAUAAAAUGAUCUAUUGAUCUUAACUUUACGUUACCUAGAAAUUCAAGUGUAUUCUGAAAAUAAAUGAACUAUGGUAAGUUUCUUUUAGCCUCCUUAAAAUUAUCUACCACUGUCCGUACAACGGAAUCCGAAGCAACAAAGACUAAGAAAAAGAAGAGCACAUAUAUGACUCGCACAACAUUCACGUCUUUACCAAUUAGAAAUUUAUUAGGAGUAGAUCUUCUAAACACUUAGUGUAGUUCAUGAAUUUAACUUGAAACGGGAUCUUUUGGCUCAACUUUAUCCCAAUUUUACCAAGAGAGCAACCCCGUUUUUUACCUUGAAUUGUUCAAAAUAUGCCGAAUUUCUUACUUUUCGUAGAGUUGGUAGCCAUGAAAUUGGAAAAAAGCCACUCAAAAAAUUAAAUUAAUAUUUUUUUUAAUUCUAUAAAUUUAAAUUGCAAAACUCGAAUACUAUACCACCAAACAUAAACAUAGUCCAAAGUCAUUAUCCAAUACCGUCAGACCUUAUCGACUGCAAGGUCAGGGAGUAAAGAUUCAGACUGGUGUGGUGCAGCCAAUACAGUGUUGACUGUUGACUUGUGGACGUCUUCUUCUUCUUCACCAAUUGAUUUAUUAUUAUUGGUGAAAAUGCACAGAGCACAAAGUUUGUAGUCUGGUACGCGUGUGGGGCUAAAAAGCCAAUUUCAAGCAUUGCUUUAGAAACAAACUUUAUCAGUUUUCAUUAGAAUAUGCACUGACAGAUCAAUCACCUAAAAACAACACAAAGCAAUUACCCUCCUUCCUUGUUAAAAAGAAGUGUAAUUUACCCCUAAAUAAAGCAAAAGUAAAGCAACCCUUCUAUCCCUAUACACUUGCCCAUCUGCAAUUCUGUCUGUUACUGUGAAACAUGAGUAUCUGGGCUGCUUUCUUUUUCUUUUUUCUCUCUCUCUCUACUAAAAGUAUUUAAUUUGUUGGAUGCACAUACCUACUUUUAUUUUUCUCCCCUAAACUUUUAAACCCCAAAUUUCAAACAUUUUGAGGUGUCUUUCUUGGAAAAAAAAAAAGGGGAAAAAAAAUCAUUUUGUAAGAAGAUAUAUUUAACCAUUUUAAUUAGUAUACUUCUGUAAAUUGAACUCAACUUCUAAAUCACAACCUUUCGUCAAAUAUAUCUUUUUUACUUCUCUCUACGUGUAAUCUUCUUUAUAUAUAUCAAAUAUAUAUAUAUUUAUAUUUAGUCAAUAUUUGUAAUACAGUUUAUUGUUAAUUUAUGAAAUGUUUAUAAUUGUUACAUGGAAAAUGUGAAUGGGACAAGUCCUCUGUUUUAAAAGCAUUGUCCUUGUUAUAUUACAUACUCACUCUAUGUAUCUCUCGCUUAUUCUUCCUUUAAAACUCACUCACUCCCAUUAUUCCAUACAUCAGAAAGAAAGGAACAAAGAAAGAUAAGUCAUUUUAACAACUCCCUCUCAGACUCACACUUGAAUCUCCAUUCUCCAACAUUCUAACACUUGUUUCUUGAAGCGCAAAUGGAUGACUACAGGAGGAGUCAUGUCCCGGCAUUCGGUAGCUGGGAUUACACCGGCGACCUCCCUUUCACUCAGUGUUUCGAAUCGGCAAGGCAAGCGGGAUUGCUUCGGCACAGUUACUCUGAAGAUCGCGAUCUCUACGUUGCCGGCGACUUAUAUGACAACCAUGUGCUCACUCCGGCCAUGAUUGUUGUUCCUCGCAGGAGGAGGGCAAAAGCACGCGAUCCACAUGUGAAAGAAGCCAAGAAAGAAAAUCAUGAGUGGGUGGUGUGUGAUACUGAUGAUGAUAUGAAACAACCAUCUCCUCCACCAAGACAAGUUGUUGAUGAAGAUUUGUACAAGAUCUCACCGGGGCUUCUCCAUCAAAAAUCCAAAAGGAACAGAACAUGGUGCUUGUUUUCAAGCUGCUUGCUGCCAAUCUGUUACUAGUGAAGCUUACAUUCCUACGUAAAUAUAUGGAUAAUGAGAAGAAUAUAUAAUUACACACACACAUAUAUAUAUAUGUGUGUGUGUUGUUAAGUUGAUGUACUUUGUUUUCCACAUGAAAGGCCAAGAGGAUAAAUUCAUCAUUAUUAUCAUGUGAUAAUGAAAAAUGAUAACAACUCUUCUUGUUAAUGGUUUGAUAUUUCCUCUUUUAAGUGAACUUUUGGGACUUACUGUUUUCUGUAUCUGCCUAUCUAUUGUUAAAGCUGAACUUCAAAGUAGAGAGAGCUAUAACACUAGUGUUGGAAUUUGGGCUAUAUGCAAGAAAGGCUGUGUAAAGCGAAAGAGUUGGUAUAUUAAAUUUUUGAAC